AUGCACGAUCCGCCGGAUGUCGCGUCGACCAGCGGCGGCAGCGGCGACUUUUGCGGAGGCAACGGGGCGGAUGACGCACUGCAGGACGAGGUGCUCUUCGAGCUGCUAGAGGGAAAUCGCAAAUACGUCCGCUGGCUGAGAGACCACCGGCAGAGCGGCGACGGCGGCGGCGAUGCGGAGGCGCGCGGGGAUGGCAUGUGCGACUACUUGCAGCAAAUCGAGGAGGACAAGAUUGGCAAGAACCGUGCGCCACUGCGACCAGUGCAGCCAAAGGCGCUCGUCAUCUCGUGCUCGCGUUCCUUCUCCCCAAUGGACAUGCACCGCUGGCGCAAUACCCACCACACGCUGAUCCACGAUGUGAAGGACCCCGCCGUGUCCGAGAGGGCGCGGCGAGUCAUCACGAUGCUGCGGCAGGGCAACGACCGCUUCUGCGCCGGCCGGUGGCACUACCGCACUCCGUGCGGCCUUGAGGGCUCUGCGCCGCCGUGCGCAGUCGUGCUCGGCGGCUCGGAGUCGCGCGUCCCGAUCGAGGACCUGUUCGACGUUGAGCCUGGCCGGCUGGUCGUGCAGCGCGUGCUCGGCUCCGUCGCGGGCCUCAAGGAGCGCACCGCCUACUCCUCCAUCCAGUACGCCGUCAUGCGUUGGAAGCCGCCUGUGCUGCUCGUGCUCGUCGAGAGCAGCUCUGCCGUCGUGACGGCGGCCAUCGAAGAGCUGCGCGGGCACUACUUGCCGCGCGCGCCCGUCCGUGCGGUGCUCGAACACAUCAUGGUCUCGGCGCAGCGUGCCAUCCGGCAGGUUGAGGAAGAUGCCUCCCUCACCGCCGCCGGCCGCGAGAUCAAGGCGCAGCGGCUGACGACGGAGCUCAACUGCCUCUACUCCAUGGAGAUGAUGCUCGCCUCGAAGAAUAUCCGGGACGUGGUGCGCACGGGCGAGGUGGAGCUGCUCGCCGCGAUCAUGGAGACCGGGACGGGCAAGAUCCGUUUCAUCGGCCCACAUCCGCGGCAGGACGAUGUCAUCCGCGCGGCCGACUUGCGCGAGAGGACGUACGCCGCCGGCCCCGCCAGCAUCCUCUCCCGAGAGGACUGGGAGAACUACUUGCCCAGCUGGGCCUUGGUCGAGCGCAGGCCGUUCACGGCGGACGACGCAGAGCCAGCCACAGGGGCGACAGGCUCGGUCGGGACGACCGCUUUGCUCAAGCCAGCUAGCGUGCCCGGUGUUCCCGCUGCGGGCCAUUGCGGCGCUGACGCCCUUGAUUCUGGCAGCACUGCUGGCGCUGCCGUCCUUCGCCGCCUUCACUGA